AUGCAAUCAAAUGCAGUGCAUCAUCAUUAGUUAGUGUAGUUGGUCUAUCCAAUGUCCCAGCCAACUAUUUGGAUCAGAGCUUUUGACUUUUACUUUUUGGGAUUAAAUCUCCUAGUUCUGUUGAUCCAGGCAUUCUUCAUGAUAGCAAUUCUGAAAUUUGAUGUGCUUUUUACAAUUCUAUUCUGCAUUUUCUGGUGUAUUUGCCCUCUCUACAACUUUCUGUUCUUGCUAUCCUCAGAAACUUACAAGUAUAACCUGCUUUUGUCAAACUACUGGGUCAUGUGGUUCGUGGGCAUUUGCCAACUUGGUCUUAUCCUUAUCAGCUGGCAACUGUUUGUUGGCGACUUUGCACAGUACUUAGGACUGCCGCUGUCACCUGCUACUGUGACUAUUGCUAUUCUAUUACAGUUCUGCUACUUUACUAAUGCUGUACUCUUUGUACUGUAUGGCUACUUUUUAUCAAAGGAUAUGCAAUUAAGAGGCUGA